GUCCUUUGGCACGAAUUUUCUGAAAACCGACACACUGUUCACUUUACUAAAGAUAUAACUAAGUUAAUCCAUGGCAUACCCACAACAUAGCAGAGAAUGGAGGAGCAACAGCUGAAACACUUUCCAGGGUUUCGUUUCCACCCCACUGAGGAGGAAUUGGUGGGCUUCUAUCUUCGACGCAAAGCGGAGAAGAAGCCAUUCAAAGUCAGUGUCAUCCAAGAGCUUGAUCUCUAUGCUUUUGAACCUUGGGAACUUCCUGGGUUAUGUCUGAUUGAAGGAGAAAGGCAGUGGUUUUUCUUUGUUAAACCUCGUGGGCACAACGAUGGACGACCCAACAGAAUCACUACUGCAGGCUUCUGGAAGGCCACCGGAUCAGAUAGACCUAUUUAUAAUCGGUCUACUUCGACACUAAUUGGGUUGAAAAAGACUCUGGUUUUCUACGAAGGAAGGGCUCUGAAAGGCCACAAGACUGACUGGAUAAUGAAUGAAUACAGACUUCAUCCUAGUGUGAGUGAGAAUGGAGGAAGUGUUCGACUGUGUAGGGUGUACAGAAAGGCAACCUCUAUGAAGUCUCUUGACAGUCAAGCCACAAGCCAAGUUGAGAAAAGAGUUAACAAUUGUGAAAAUACAGCUUUGAGCUCUUCUGUGAUGGCUAAUGAGCAGUUGCAGGAGAAUUCAGCACAUUCAUUUGCAUAUUGUAAGGAAAACAUAUCGACCACCAAAGUGGAAAUGGAAGUGACGGAGGAGGAUUUAAAGUGGUUGUGUUGGGAUGGAAGGUCGUCUAUAUUCUUCAGAAUAGAGGACAUGGAUUCAACAUGCGAGCAAGAAGAUCAUCAGCUGAAAAACUUGCCUGGGUUUCGCUUCCACCCCACAGAGGAAGAAUUGGUGGGUUUUUAUCUUCGGCGCAAAGUGGACAAGAAGCUACUCAAAUUCAGUCCAAUUCAAGAGCUUGAUCUCUAUGCUUACGAACCUUGGGACCUUCCUGGCUUGGAUCUUAAUGGAGCAGACAGAGAAUGGUUCUUCUUUGUUAAGCCUCGUGGGCACAAUGAUGGAAGACCCAACAGAAUUACUAAAGAAGGAUUCUGGAAAGCCACUGGAACAGAUAGGCCGGUUUAUGUUCAUUCUACUUCAACAGCCAUUGGGCUUAGGAAAACUCUGGUUUUUUACAGAGGGAGGGCUCUCAAAGGCCAUAAGACUGAUUGGAUAAUGAAUGAAUAUAGACUUCUUCAAGAUGAUAGUGAGAAAGGAGGUAUAAGAUUAUGUCGAGUCUACAAAAAGGCGAAUUCUCUGAAGUCAUUCGACCGUCGUCCAUUAGUCCAACAUUCUGAUAAGAAAGAUGAGAGUAAUAUUAGUAAUUUGGAUGUUGAUGCUCAGAGAUCAGGCUUAUCUGUGUCAAGCAAAGCUCCUGCAAAGGAGGAGGUGCAGGCUACAUUAGAGCAUUCAUUUGGAGAGUAUGAGUAUGGUGAAGAUGGGAAGAGCAUGGUAAAAGGUGCAUGCAAACCAAAAUUAGAAUAUGAAGUUUAUAAGACUGAAAUUGAGGAUUUUACCCAUCUGAACUCCCUUGAAGCAUGGUGGUGUUUGGAUGCUGGAAAGUCAAGUUCUUUGGAUGCCAUUUGUACAAAUGCAGUGGCAGCUAACUAUAUAAACAUGUAAAUGUUUCCCACGCUCAGUCCCUCUGCUUAGGAGAUUAGAUUCUGUGAUUUGAACUAUAUACCUACAACUUGUAAACUGCAGUUUUUAUUAUUUUGAUGUGGGCAUCAAUAUUUUUGACUGCUUAUCAUUUUGUUUUCACAAAAAUCGAAAUCACUAUUCAUCUUAAACUCUUUCCUUGCUAUCACUCUAGAAGACUAGUGUUUUGAGGUUUUAAUACCCUCUGGAUGUAUAAUCUAUUCCAGAAAAAGUUAUGAAAUGUAAAGAUAAGGACUGUCAACAAUGUUUUAAGAAGCUUUUCUUUAAAUGAAAUU